AUGGACAUUCGAGGCUUGUCCGUGGAUUCUGUUCUCUCCGCAAUCGAUUCACUGUAUAUGAAUCCAGAUUCAUGCGUUAAAGAACAAGCUUCAAAGUGGCUAUGUGAGUUCCAAAAAUCGGUUUACGCUUGGGAAAUAUCUGACCAAUUGUUAUAUAUGAAACGAGACUUAAACUCCUGUUACUUCGGAGCUCAGACUAUACGGAAAAAGAUACAAUGCCACUUCUCUGAAUUACCUGCUGACUCACAUGAAGGGUUAAAGAAUUCACUACUUCAGCACGUCUGCAAGCUUUCUGAAGAUACCAGUCUGCCAAUAGCGAACCAGCUGUGCCUGGCUGUGGCAGACUUGUUCUGUCACAUGGUGCAGUGGCAGGACGGGAUUAAAGAUAUCAUUUCUAAACUGUCGUGUACGGAUGUAUCCUGUGGUUAUUUAAUUGAUAUUUUGAAGUUUAUCCCUGAGGAGAUGAAUAGCAGCAGGCUUAGAUUGGGGAUGAACCGCCGACAUGCACUUAUGAGUCAAUUUGAGGGGAGUAAACGCUUUGUGAUGGAGUUUUUGUCCCACAGGGCGAAAUCAGAACAAAUGACUAUUCUGGCUAAAGUUUACAAUUGUCUCGCAAGUUGGUGGGAUAACACAGGUGUUAUGGUUGAGCAAGACAUUCCAAUGGAUCCAUUGUUAAAUACUGCCUUUACUAUUUUACGAAAUCCUUCUUCUACGCCGGAGUCAACUUUUGAUGCGGCUUCUCAGUGGAUCCUAGCACUUUUAUAUCAAUGCAAGCAAAUGAGCAAUGCAAAUAGUGAUUUACUGCGCUGGUUACAAGAAAAUAUUUACAGUUUAGUUGAUGUUAUUCAAGAAUGUUCGAAUAAGAUCGCUUCUGCUGCAGGACCAUUACAAAAACAGGAACAACUUGAACUUUAUAAGGAUCGAUGCACUUGUUUGGCUCAUAUUUUCUCAUCACUUGCCCGAACUUUACGACCUCCUCUAGUGGAUCAACCUAGUAGUCCUGGAUCUGGUGGGUUAGGGGACUUGCGGACAAUGGAGUGCAUUCUUGUAAUCCUUGAAGUACCACCUCCUCUUGGUAGUCGUGAGUUAGCAUCUAUUACUUUCCAUGCUUUACAUUCAUUGGCCGAUGAUGCAAGCCGGCACCGAUCUCUAAGCAAAGGAGCUUUAGAAUCUUCCAAUUCUAUCAACAAUUCUAAUUCUUCUGGUGGCGUUACUCGUCCAUCUGCAGCCUUGAUACCCUACUUUACUCGUGUUGUGGUGGCAUUAACUAAUUACUGUCCAAGCAAUACAGCAGAUUUGGAAAGCACAGAUGAAUUAAGGGAUUUUAGAGAAGAUGUUCAUGAUCUUAUGCAAGAUAUUCUUGGUUUAGUUGGAGCUGAGGCUGUUUUUGUAGAACUGUACAAUUAUGUUCAAAAGUUACAAAUGGUAGCUGUAUCUGCGAAUGUACAGGCGUCAGCAUAUGAAGUACUUCGUGAAUCUGAGGCAUGUCUGUUUAUGUUAACUACAGUCGCCAAACGUCUAUCUCCUCAUGAUCCUGAGGGACAUAUAUCAAACCUUAUCUCGAAGCUGGUUCUCCCAGGUCUUUCAGGACCAUGUCCACCUCCCCUUCAAGAAGUUGGUUGCAUGUUGUAUAUGGAGUUGGCUCACUGGGCUGCCUGUCAUCCCAAUCUUCGUCGUCAAAUUGUUAACCAACUAAUACAAAUAAUUGAAAAAGCUGCCGGUGUUGAACCUCAGUGUUUACAGCCUGGUCAAAAGCUUGCUGUUGAAGCAGCUGUCUCAGCUCUGGGUUCUCUGUGUGCUAUUUAUCGUACAACUCCGACAUCUACACCCAAUGGGGACGUUUUAUCUUCUCCAACCAAUAACUCUGAUCCUCCGCGUCUCGCUCUAAUUGAUGAACACUGGCAGGAUUUGGUUAACCGAGUUGCAUACAAUCUGCCACGACUUGCCUGGGUUCCUCUACAUGAUGCCACUCAUUUUUUCUCCGGUAUUGGACGAGGUCUUAUAUGUUCAAUAGGAACAGGUAGUGGGAAUGUUGAACUUGAUCCUCUACAGUCCAGACAAGCUUUCCCAAUGAGAGUUGCACAGAUAUGCAGCGUCAGUUUAGAAUGCUUAUCUAAGUUGAUGGAUGAAAAUGUUUCCAUUGAAGGUUCAGAUACACCUAGUGAUCCACGUGUUUGGCUUGACUAUUUGGCAGCUUUGUUUCGCACAUUCAAUUGUCUUUUACGACGUUUGGGCUGUCAAAAUUCUAAUCAGUGGAGUGCUGCAACAGAACGCGAGUCUGUCAAUCGCACAACAUCUGAAAUGGUACUUUCUGCCCGUAAUUGUUUAACUGAAUGCUUACGAUUGGUUAAAGAAGUAAUCUGGCCAGUUAUCACACGAGUUAUGGUACAUUAUGCUUCACGCAUGCGACCAAUGGAACAUGUUUGUCGCCUCAUCCGUUUUAUUGUGCGCUGUUUUUCCGUACAUCUGAGGGAUCUUCUCCCAGAACUGGCUGAAAAGAUUGUGCUUGCUUACACAAAUGGAGGACAACAUUCAAGUUUUCUCUAUUUGUGUAGUGUACUUGUUGAUGAAUUUGGAGAAGAAUUGGAUUGUAGAGUCGGUUUGGUAAAUGUAUAUGAGGCAUUAAGCGCGCCAACGCUGAAAUCUCUUUCUGGUCCAGGGCUCAGCCAACAGCCUCACACCGUGGAGGAUUUAUUUCGGUUGUGUACUCGACUUGUACAACAUUGCGCUGCUGUUUUUCUCACUAGUAACAGAAUCAGCUUAAACGAAUUGUGUGAUACUGCAGUUUUGUCAUUAAAUUUGUGUUGUACUGGCCCCGGUGCUGGGUCAUCCAGUGAUGACGUUCCUGACCUGAAUACAUCUAACGAUGAUGAAUCAAGUUCAACAUCAGCUUCCACUAGCGCUUCAGCUGCUGCUGCUCGAUUUUUCAUAGAACUAAUUAUAUUCACUAGUGAAGCUUGUGAGCAAACACCGAUGGAAGUUGCGCAGACUUUGAUUUCUGGCAGGCAACUUCCAACCCCAUCUUGUCAACCUGCUCUGGCUGCUCAAAACGUCAUCGUAUGGCUUACGUAUUCUAAGCCUACAUACUCCACGAGUCCUAGCGAUAUGGACAAUUACUGCGGUGGUCAGAGAUUGGUUGCAGCUUUACUUCAGGCUUGUUGUCUCGGGUUGAUGGAUGAGAGAAUUCAUGAGAUGGCCGAUAUCCUACAUCAUCUUAAAGUUAUGACAAAUCAUGAAAUGUUUCUAAACUGGUUAAAGAUGGCAGUGGCACGUUUAUCAGUAGUGCGUACAGAUGGUUUGGUUCAAGCAACACAAGACCAAAUUAUUGAUUUUCAAGAUGUUGUGAUGAAUUCUUCUACAAGUUCGACGAUCGUACACGCGCUUGACUCAUUUUCGAGGUUGUUCCGAUGA